AUGACCGUUGUUCUGAUCACGGGUGCUGGCAGGGGCAUUGGACGGGCCAUCACUGAGGCAUAUCUUGCCCGACCGAACCACACUGUCAUCGGCAGCGUCCGCAACAAGGCCGACCCCAAGUACCAGGACCUCAGGAGCUUUCCCGUCGCCAGCGGCUCCAAGCUCAUUCUCGUCAGCAUUGAGGGGACUUCUCUGACGGACCCGCAGCAGGCUGUCGACGACAUCAAGGCAGCCGGGAUCGACCACGUGGAUGUCGUGAUUGCCAACGCCGCUGUCUCGCCACCUUUGGUGCCCAUGGAUACCAUCCCGAUCAAGGAUGUGGAGGAGUGCUUCCGCACCAACACCCUCUCCCCUCUCCUCCUCUUUCAGGCGCUCAAGCCGCUCCUUGACAGGUCGACUUCGCCCAAGUGGAUGUCGGUGUCCUCGGCCGUUGGAUCUAUCACCAACAUCCCUGUCUUCGGCCUGUAUGCUGUAAGUGCAUAUGGGAUCUCCAAGGCCGGUCUGAACUGGUUCACCAUGGGCCUUCACACCGGCAACGAGAAGCUUAUUGCGUUCUCGGUCCAUCCUGGCUUGGUCCAAACCGAGAUGGGGAACGAAGGAGCCCGCAGCAUAGGCAUGGAGCUCGCGCCAACUACGAUUGAACAGUCCGUCUCAAGGUUGCUCGCUUCUGUUGACCAAGCAACGCGUGAGAAGACGUCUGGGAAAUUUAUCAACCUCGAUGAUGGCUCGGAGAUCCCUUACUAAAUGGUUGGAUGUCGCCGUCGAAUGGAUGUGGUUUGGUAUCAUUAGGCAUCUUUGGUUUUUAUAAAUGACAAUUACAGUUAUUAAGUAGGUAAUUUC